GUUGUUGGCAUCCAACCAUCGCGAGACGUCAUGCCACGAAGGGCUGUCGCCCACGGGAAGUCAGGAAGGCUUAAACAGAGAACACUACAUGAUCUUGUAUACUCAUCACCUCCAUCAUCACCACCGCCGAUGAAGCAUCAGUUUCUGUCAAACCGAAAGCGAAGGGCCCUAACUCCAAGCGAGUCAGAAGAAUCUAGUCGAUCGUCAUCGAGCGAUGAAAGAAAUGAUGACAGUGAUGUAGGAGCUGUUCGAUUCGAAGCAGAAACAGGGGAGACUAGUGACGGAGACGCAUCGCCACGUCGGCCUAAACGAAAGCGCGUGCGCCUCGCCACAGAUAGCUUAGACGAACGUUCUCCUGACGACGAAGAAGUGAACGUCGGUAUUCCCGUGCAGUGGAAAGGCAAGGGAAAGGGCAAGAGGAAAACUGUGGUGGACUCUGACGGCGAAUCUGAGCCUCACCGACCUAGGUUGAUCAAGGGUGCCAGACCACCUACUCCCGACGACGAAGAGGAUGAGGUCGAUGAGUCCCACAUACUUGAAAGCCGUCUACGUGCCCGCGGCCGAAAGACGAAGUAUCAGGAGACCCUCGAAAAGCUGAGAAGAAGAAAGCGAGGGAAUUCCGCCCCCCAGUCGUCAUCCGGGGAUGAAGAGACACCGCAAGAGCCCAAUGACCCGGAGAGUCUUAGUUGUUCAGAGGGCAGUGAUGAUCAAUCCAACGAUACAGAGGAAGACGACUUCAUCGUCGAAGAUCCCGUGGACGGCGUUCAGACAAUUGAUCUUCCCGUCGCAUUUAGUAUGACUACUCAUCAGGAUCUUGCGCAUCAUUUCAAGAUUAUCUGCCAAUUAUUUGUGCAUAUGGCCGUACGGCCUCUUCCUGAACGCCGCCAUUUUAUGCAACACGUACUGAAGAAUGAGCAGUAUUUUUCUCUGCCAUUACAAGUCACUCGUCGAAAGUUACUUGGCAUGCGAGACUCCCUGGUGGUGUCAUCUACCUGGGGUCCUGACUUUAAGAAACUCCUCGAGAAAUAUCCUGGAUUUACUUUAUUUCGAAUGGAUUUUAGCUUGCCAGGAUGUGAUGCGUGUAAGCUAGGUGGCAGGACUUCGACACUGGUUGGAAGAGUUAGUGGUACCCCCUACGACGAAUAUGACUUCGAGGAUAUCAUAGAUGAUGAUGAAGACACGGAUAAGAAAGAGUUCCACCUUGGACGCUUCUGUGCGAGACGAACGCGAGUAUACCACGGAUUCAACCAUUGGGAGUACUGGCUCUACAAGAGCCUCCAACGUCAAAUCGCUGCUGUAGUGGAUGACGACAACGACUUUGUAAAGGUAGCAUACGUAGGAGGUGCUUUGCCACCUGACGACCCCCAAGACGCAGACAAGUUUAUGGAGUGGCUGGACCAACGGGGUAUCAUCGACAUGGAAUGGCAAAAAAUUCGUCAAAUGAUGGAGAGCGCAAGAAACUUGGAGUCUAGGGGGGAGAUGGACGAUCUGGAAUGAGAGUAGCGUAGAUUCUCACGAUUAUAUAGUGGUACU